AUGCGCUACUCGACCGCCUUCUCCGCCGCCAUUCUGGCUGGCUCUGCGCUCGCCGCUCCCUCCUACGGUGGUUACGGCAGCCAGCACAAGCACGUCAAGAACGUCCAUGUCGUCGUUGAGACUGUCGUCAAGACUGUCUACGUCACCGAGGGCUACGAGAUCCCCAAGCCUACCAGCUCCUCCGUCAGCGCUGCGUACGAGGCCCCGGCCAAGAACACCAUGCCCGCCUACGCUCCCGUCAAGCCCACCAGCACUGCCGUCUACGCUCCUCCCCCUCCCCCUGCGCCCACCAGCGAGGCGCCCAAGCCCACCACCACCAUGGUCUACCAGCCCGCUCCUCAGAAGCCCACCACCUACGACGCUCCUCCUCCCCCUGCUCCUACCAGCGAGGCUCCCAAGCCAACCACGACCCCCGCUGCUCCCGCUCCUUCCAGCGGUGGAUACAUGGGCAUUGUCGAGGAGGCGCGUGCCAAGCUCGGCAUGAAGUCUCUCGAGUGCGACACCAAGCUCGAGGCCAACGCCAUGAACGUCGUUGUUGAGGGCAACGGUGUCAUGAAGCACAAGCUCAACCCCGGCACUUACGGCCAGGUCCUUGCCCCCGGAAAGCCCGACAUGGAGUCUUUCGACCACGUCUUCUACGGUGGAUGGCUCUGCGAGAUCCCCAGCCUGCCCGGCCUCCAGGAUGUCUGCGGCAGCGCGUCCAAGGGCUGGAACUACGAGGGCCAGACCGGCCACGCUGAGAUCCUCACUUCCGACCAGUACACCAAGAUUGGAUGUGCUAACCACGAGGGUAUCUGGUGCUGCGACCUUGCAUAA